AUGGCAAUUAUUGAUCAUUUUAGUUUCUAUGUAAUUUUCAUAUUUAGUAUUUUAGAUGAUUUUGGAUUUAGACAUUUAUUGUGGGGUGGUGCACAAGCACAGAAAAGAGUUGACCUUGGUGGGCACUUGCAUCCUUUCAUAAGAAACAAAAAAAAUACUUUGAAAAAACAUUGGUUGGAAAACCCAUCACAAACAUCUUCAGAUAGGUGGAGGGAUAUAACAGAUGAAUUAAAUCUAACCAUAAAUAAAGGAAAUUUACCAAUGUGUGAAAAUGAAAUCAUUCUUCAACAUGCAUAUCCAAGGCUUGAUAAGGCAGUAUCAACAAACAUUAAUCAUUUAUUGAAAAGUCCAUUUUGUGUACAUCUUAAAACAGGCAAACAUUAUCACCAUUCUGAUACAGUUGAAGAAAUUUCACUUUUUGGCAUGUCCCGCAUCAAAAAUAAUAUUAAGAAAAUUAAUCAUAAACAUUCAAUUUUUUAA